AUGGCAACGUUGUCGAGGGUAAGUCGCUGUAGUGCACUGACGAACCAAACCAAGCCACAUGCCCUCAGCCACAUACCCGCCGACCACAUACCACACAGCCACAUGCCCACAACCACAUACCCGCCGACCACAUACCCACACAGCCACAUGCCCACAACCACAUACCCGCCGACCACAUGCCCACAACCACAUACCCACCGACCACAUACCACACAGCCACAUACCCUCAACCACAUACCCGCCGACCACAUACCCACACAGCCACAUGCCCACAACCACAUACCCGCCGACCACAUACCCACGCAGCCACAUGCCCUCAACCACAUACCCGCCGACUACAUACCCACACAGCCACAUGCCCACAACCACAAACCCGCCGACCACAUACCCACGCAGCCACAUGCCCUCAACCACAUACCCGCCGACCACAUGCCCACAACCACAUACCCGCCGACCACAUGCCCACAACCACAUACCCGCCGACCACAUGCCCACAACCGCAUACCCGCCGACCACAUACCCACGCAGCCACAUGCCCACAACCGCAUACCCGCCGACCACAUACCCACGCAGCCACAUGCCCACAACCGCAUACCCGCCGACCACAUACCCACGCAGCCACAUGCCCUGAACCACAUACCCGCCGACCACAUACCCACGCAGCUACAUGCCCUGAACCACACAACCCCACAGAAGCGCACCGGAGAACCAUCACCAACCAAAUCUUCCACCUCAAGACGAAUCUCCUGA